CUGGCACUCCUCAGUAACAAACUCCACCUCACGUCAGAGCUUGCUUGUAUUCCUGUGUGGUUCCCUUCUGUAGCUUGAACACAGGUCUAAAAAUGUCUUGGAUGCGCCAUGCCUUGCUCACCUGUCUGGCUCUGCUGUUCGUCCUCACCUUGUUUUACGAGGUUGACACUGCAAGUGCACCUGAUGGCAAAGUGCGUAAGAAAGCAGCGGGCCUACAAGGUGGGCUAAGAAGGAUUUUCAUGGAAGAGAGAGAUGCCACCAGCUUUUUCAAGCGCCGUGGCAGAAGGGCAGUGAAAUCACAAGAUGAACUCAACGUUGAGCAGCGACAGAGACUGGCAGCUGAUGAAAGGAAGAGAGAAUAUCACGAGGAGCAGAGGAAUGAGUUUGAAAAUUAUGCAGAGGAAGAGCAUAAUGAGCAGGAUGAGAGAACCCAGGAGAGUACAGAGCAGUGGCGAGAGUUCCACCAUGAUGGCCUUGACCCUUCUUACGAAUACAACCGCCACACAGUUUAAAGAUGUCCAAAAGACUUUUAGUCUUUAUCACGGACAGAAAAAUAUUCUUACUGCCACAUGUGUAAAGACAUCAUCACCAGCAUGGACUCAUAUACUGUAGGUUCAGGUCCAUUUUAGCAGGGCUUCUGUGAAAACACAAGCUAUGAGGUUCACAUCCAUUUGUUGGACAAGUUCUCUGUGGUCCACUUUAAAGCAGCCGUAACAUACGGUGUGGAUGAAGGUAGAAGAAAAGUAGAAGAAAGAUUAUAGCAUCACCUAAAUGGUCCUUUGCUUAUAAAAGGCCUGAUUUAGUAUUUAAGCUGUGUAGCCAUUCUAAGCUUAAACCAGAUGUAUGACUGGACAUUAUUCCAAAUGUCUUCACAUACAUAGAUAAAAGUACUAUAUACAUUGUCUUAUUUUCAGAUAUAUUAGAAAUAUUUGAAAGAUUUAUGCAAUGCAUGUGGUUAUGCAUGCUGUAUGAUCAACAGGCAUGUUGACAUGUUAUAUCAUUAUAUCAUCACUGAUAACUUAUUAAUUGCAAUUGUCUUAUUAAACGUGUGACAUUCCACAACUAUAUUAUUCAACUUUAAGCAUUUUAGUAGCAGCUGUAUUCAGCUGCAAUCACAAUCCACAGCAAACCUGUUUAUGUGCAAAUCUGUACUUGUCCAUGGGAUCAUAUAUGAUAAUGAUAUGAAUGUGACAUUAAGGUGAAGUUACCUUUACUCUUUCAGAUGCAAUAAGCUAUAUCAGUUAAAUAAAAGCAAUAUCAAAUUCUAA